CCGGCCUUGGAAAGGAGGAGAAAGGGGUUGGUUGGGGGGGCGACAGUGGAAACCAGCGUCAGGAGUGCUUGGGACUGAGCACCGCCAGCCAGACCCCCGGCGGGGCGGCCGGGAGAGACCCCCCGGGACUUGUCCACAGCUGCUGCCUCAUGCCAGAGGGAAUGCUGACUGCUCUCUGGAUGGGCAUCGGUGCUUCUGAGCUAACCCAGGAAAAUUGGCCGGUCCAGUCUCAGCCCAUCCCAAGGCCGUCGGAAGCAGCAGGCUGAUCUUAGUCCAGAUUUCCACGCAGCCUCCACCCCCUAGAGACUGACUUUCCUGCCUGUGGUGGCAGCUGCCGGAGCACCUUGAGGGACUAUAUCUCUGCCUGACAAGGAGCCCAUUGCCUGGGACACCAGGCUUGUGCCCCUGGGACCAGGAGUCCUCCGAAGCACUGAGGCAUGGCGAACUGACAUUUGGCUGGACCAGCGUCUUGCUUCUUCCUGGACUCAGAAGCCCAGAGCCUGGCGGCGCCCUAGUCAGAAUGGGUCGUGAACAGGACCUGAUCGUUGCUGUCAAGAACGGAGAUGUGACAUGUGUGCAGAAACUGGUGGCUAAAGUCAAGGCUGCAAAAACAAAGCUCCUCGGCUCCACGAAGAGACUCAACAUCAACUACCAGGAUGCUGAUGGAUUCUCUGCUCUCCACCAUGCUGCCUUGGGGGGCAGCCUGGAGCUCAUAGCCUUGCUGCUGGAGGCGCAAGCCACUGUCGACAUCAAAGACAGCAAUGGCAUGCGUCCCCUACACUAUGCAGCCUGGCAGGGCCGGCUGGAGCCUGUGAGGCUGCUGCUGAGGGCUUCUGCGGCUGUCAACGCUGCCUCACUGGACGGCCAGAUCCCUCUGCACCUGGCUGCGCAGUAUGGACACUAUGAGGUGUCAGAAAUGCUUCUCCAGCAUCAGUCCAACCCGUGCCUAGUCAACAAGCUGAAGAAGACACCCCUAGACCUAGCCUGCGAAUUCGGGCGGCUCAAGGUGGCCCAGUUGCUUCUAAACAGCCACUUGUGUGUGGCACUGCUGGAAGGAGAAGCAAAGGACCCGUGCGACCCCAACUACACCACACCCCUGCACUUGGCUGCUAAGAAUGGCCACAGAGAAGUCAUCAGGCAACUGCUGAAAGCUGGUAUUGAGAUCAACCGCCAGACCAAGACCGGCACCGCACUGCACGAGGCCGCCUUAUACGGCAAAACCGAGGUGGUGCGGCUACUGCUAGAGGGAGGUGUAGAUGUGAAUAUCCGGAACACGUAUAACCAGACGGCGCUGGACAUAGUGAAUCAGUUCACCACCUCCCAGGCCAGCCGGGAAAUCAAGCAGCUACUUCGGGAGGCUUCAGGGAUCUUGAAAGUCCGAGCACUUAAGGAUUUCUGGAACCUUCAUGACCCCACCGCUCUCAAUGUCCGGGCAGGAGAUGUCAUCACGGUGCUCGAACAACAUCCUGACGGCCGCUGGAAGGGCCACAUCCAUGAGAGCCAAAGGGGCACUGACCGUGUGGGCUACUUCCCCCCGGGGAUCGUCGAGGUGGUCAGCAAGCGGGUGGGCAUACCUGUGGCCCGUCUCCCCUCUGCGCCCACCCCGCUGCGGCCGAGCUUCCCCCGGAUAUCACAGUCCUCUGCUGACGAUUCGCUGCAGCCUCUUACCUAUGGCCAGCUCCCGCGGGGAGGCCUCAGCCCAGACAGUCCAGCAGGUGACAGGAACAGCGUGGGCAGCGAGGGCAGUGUGGGCAGCAUCCGCAGUGCUGGCAGUGGGCAGAGUUCUGAAGGCACCAAUGGCCAUGGCACUGGCCUCCUUAUUGAGAAUGCUCAGCCACUACCCUCUGCCAGUGAGGACCAGGCACUGCCAGGCCUGCGUGCCCCAUCUGUGUCAGACAACCUGAGUCAUCGCCCCCUGGCCAGUUAUCGCUCUGGGGAGACCUUCACUCAGGAUGUGAGGCCAGAACAGUUGCUGGAAGGGAAGGAUGCACAGGCCAUUCAUAACUGGCUAAGUGAAUUCCAGCUGGAGGGCUACACUGCCCACUUCCUUCAGGCCGGCUAUGACGUGCCAACCAUCAGUCGAAUGACGCCCGAGGAUCUGACAGCCAUUGGGGUGACCAAACCUGGACACCGGAAGAAGAUCGCCUCAGAGAUUGCCCAGCUCAGCAUCGCUGAGUGGCUGCCCAACUAUAUCCCGGUGGACUUGCUGGAGUGGCUGUGUGCCCUGGGGCUGCCACAGUAUCACAAGCAGCUGGUGAGCAGCGGCUACGACUCCAUGGGGCUGGUCGCCGACCUCACUUGGGAGGAGCUGCAGGAGAUAGGCGUGAACAAGCUGGGGCAUCAGAAGAAGCUCAUGCUGGGGGUGAGACGGCUGGCAGAGCUUCGGCGGGGCCUGCUGCAUGGGGAGGCUCUAGGUGAAGGCGGACGCCGGCUGACCAGGGGUCCGGAGUUGAUGGCCAUUGAAGGCCUGGAGAACGGGGAAAGUCCAGCUAUGGCUGGCCCUCGCCUCCUCACCUUUCAGGGCAGUGAGCUGAGCCCAGAGCUACAGGCAGCUAUGGCAGGGGGUGGCCCAGAGCCACUCCCUCUUCCCCCUGCCCGUUCUCCCAGCCAGGAAAGCAUUGGCGCCCGCUCCCGGGGUUCUGGUCACUCACAGGAGCAGCCUGUCUCUCAGCCCAGUAUUGGUGAUUCCAUCACCCCACAGGAGAGGAACCUUCCAGAGGGUACAGAGCGCCCCUCUAAGCUUUGUACCUCACUCCCUGGCCAAGGACCUGCCCCUUAUGUCUUCAUGUGUUCACAGAGUUCACCCACUAGCCCAGCCCCAGGGCCACCUCCUGGUGCUCCUCGGGCCUUCUCCUACUUGGCCGGCUCUCCUGCAGCUCCUCCAGACCCGCCUCGGCCCAAACGCCGGUCCCACAGCCUGAGCCGCCCUGGCCCUGCUGAGGGGGAAGCUGAAGGGGAGGCUGAAGGGCCAGUGGGCAGUGCCUUGGGCAGCUAUGCCACCCUUACCCGGAGACCAGGACGCAGCACCCUUGCCCGGACUAGCCCUAGCCUGACCCCAACUCGAGGGACACCCCGAAGUCAGUCCUUUGCCCUCCGUGCCCGUCGUAAAGGCCCCCCACCCCCACCCCCCAAGCGCCUCAGUUCCGUCUCUAGCCCUACCGAGCCAUCUUCAUUAGAAGGAAGCCCAGGACCCAAGGAAGGGGCCACAGGCCCUCGGAGGAGAACACUGAGUGAACCAGCCGGCCCCUCAGAGGCCCCUGGUCCUUCUGCCCCAACUGGCCCUGUGUCUGACACAGAAGAGGAGGAGCCUGGGCCUGAGGGGACACCCCCAUCUCGGGGCAGCUCAGGAGAAGGGCUGCCAUUCGCAGAGGAAGGGAACCUGACGAUCAAGCAGCGGCCAAAGCCAGCUGGUCCCCCGCCCCGGGAGGCACCUGUGCUCCCUGGUCUUGACUUCAACCUCACAGAGUCCGAUACUGUCAAACGGAGGCCCAGGUGUAAAGAGAGAGAGCCACUCCAGACUGCACUGGUGGCCUUUGGGGUAGUGGGUGGUGACACCCCUAGCCCCUCCGCUCCCCUGUCCUCCCAGGCCCCCUGUGAAUCUCCCUCAACUUCCUCUAACCCUCCACGGUCUGAGCCUAGCAGCCUUCCGUCUCAAGGAACUCCAGCCCCAGAUCUCAGCCCCAAAUCUCAGCCCCCCGGCCACCAAGGGGCCUCUGGGCCAGCUCUGGCGCUGAAUGUGGAGACGGAGCCUCCAGCUGCCCCUGCUGCCCUCCUCAAAGUGCCCGGAGCAGGAGCAGCUCCUAAGCCUGUGUCCGUGGCCUGUACGCAGCUGGCAUUUUCUGGCCCAAAGCUGGCUCCCCGGUUCGGCCCCCGCCCUGUACCCCCUCCGAGGCCUGAGAGCACUGGGCCUGUGUGUCCAGGCCAGGCCCAACAGAGACUGGAGCAAACCAGCUCGUCCUUGGCAGCUGCACUGAAGGCAGCUGAGAAGAGCAUCAGCACCGAGGAGCGAGAGGGCCCCACAGCGGCCUCUACCAAGCACAUUCUGGAUGACAUCAGCACCAUGUUUGAUGCCCUGGCUGACCAGCUGGAUGCCAUGCUGGACUGAACAAGACCGGCUUGUGACCCUCCUUUCCUGGUACCCACAGUGGCCUGCCAGCAUUCACGGCCUGUGGCCCAACAUGGAAGAAGACCCUGCCACCCAGGGCACAGGCUGAGGGUUGGUUGGGCUGGAGUUAGAAGCUGACUGAGGGGCCUCAGCUGGGUGGGAACAAAGCUCCUCCCGUGUAGAGCUGACUGCUCAGCUUUGGCCCCUGGAGAGGGACCCGUUAAGAGCCUUCUCCUCUAGGAGGAGGUGGCGGUAGGGCUUUUUGGAUGCGUGCACCUCCCCACCCGGCCCAUGUCUAACGGCUCAGUGCUUAAGGAAUUCCUCUGGCCACCCACCGAGCUGCUCUAGGCUCCGUGAGGCUGAGUGGAGGCUGUGUACUUGGCUGCUUCCCUCCUUGCAAGUGUACAUAGGAGAUGUAAAUACACGGCAGGGGUAUGCCAUUCUGCCCGUGGCUAUGGCCUUGUCAUCUCCUGCCCUGUCUGGCCAUCCCACACGGGGAAGGCAGCGCAGGCCGGGGCAGAGGCAGUGCAACUAACAGAUCCCCAAUGCCCAAACUCUUACAACUGUAUAUAAUAUUUUUCAAGCAGAGAGAGAUGCAUAUAUUUUAAAUGGAAUUUAUUCUAUCUAUUAACUGCCUGAGAGAAUGCAGUGGGGAGGCCUUCAGACUGCAGAAGAACCCUCUGCCCACCUCCUGCUGGAGGGCCCUGUUGGUCCAGGCCCUGUGACUAUUAACCUCUUCCCCAGCUAACAUCAAUGAAAGUGUCAUUCCACGUGAUUGGGCUGUGUCUGGAUCUGUGCAUCAGACCUCCACAUCCGGGACUGUCCCUUCACCCACACACCGCCGGGGCACUUAUCAGUGUGGAGGGUGACGGCUGCAGUCUUGGGAGGGGAGCCUUUCAUGGCUGUUUCAUGGAUCCGCCACAGGUUUUUCUUAAGCAAUUUACAAUUUUAAUAUAAACCAGUUGACAUUCA